GGGCGGCCGGCGCCUAGCUAGCUCGUUCGCCUUUUGUUCCGGCGUGCGAGGAACUGGGCCGACCGAGGAGCUCGGGCGUGCGUGUGUAAAUCAGAAGGCGUUUGGCUCGGAGCCAUGUUUUUUUUCCCCCCUUCUCCUUAAUUGUGCAGACAGAAAAAUCCCUUCCACCGGUUUUCCCGGGGAGACGGGCUGCGCCGGCCCGGCCUCCCCACAGUCCCUCGUUUGCUCUGUCGGCCUCCGGGUCCCGGGGCGGCUCUCUUUCCUUUUUCUCUUUCCUGCUCUUCCCACCUUCAGCCAAGCGGGGCCAGCCAGCGGGUGAGCGGGGUGUCUGCAAAGCAGCCCGGUCACCUGUCGUAGCAGCUGCAUGGAAAUCCCGGCGCUUUUGCUGUCUGGAGCCUGUGCGGUUUCCUCUGGCAAAUCACGGAGAUUCCGCUCCCAGAACCAACCCUUCCUCUUUUGCUCUGCACUCUCUUAACCCAGCUCCUGAUGCUGAUGUGAAGUUUCACCGUUUGGGGACAAUUAGCAAGGAGGUGUCCACUUCUUUCUUUCAGAGGCACCGCUUGCUUGGGAAGAGUUGGAAGAGUCCAUCCAGGACCUUCAAGGCAUGAAUAAUCUGACGGUUCCUGAAUUGACGGGGAAAACAAACAUAUCAAGUGCCAUUUGAAGAGUGUGUCUACAUGUGUAAAACUUUUUCUCAUCAUAUAAACUUUUUCAUAAGAAGACAUUCCGAACAUCAAGAGUUUUGUAACUGAUGAAAAUUAAAAAAUUAAUUUAAGCAUCAGAUGGAACAACUUUCUACUGUUGGGAGUCAGGAGUCCAUGGAGGACAGCCUGUCACUAAUGGCAGAUUUUCCUUACAGUGUUCAUGGGCAAAAGCAACUUCACAGAAGAAAAAAUCGCGCAGAUCAAGUCUAAAGAAAAUCUCUCCAGUGUAAAGAAGGAGCAGACUUAAAACUCUGGAUUGAAGUUCAGUAACUUUCACUGUGGUGGUGGCUGCAGUAAGGGGACAGAUCUGAAAAGGAGCGGAUUCCUUUGUGUCUUCAGCUCUUUGAAUUUUUUAUUUAUUGUUUAUCUUUUCUGCAUAUAUAUGCUAUUUUAAAAUAUUAAUUGGAACUGCCAAUUACAAAAUAAUAUCGAGAAAAGCUUUUCUUGGUCUAAAGAUGUGAACAGGCUUGAAUGUGAACAGGAAGGUAUCUUUUAGCAGCACUUGGAGCCGGUCUUGGGAGGUGGUGCAGCUUGGAGAACUCUGAUACACAUGCUUGGGUAGAUGGUUUAAAGAUUUGGCUCUGAGAAGAAUGUUAUUUAAUAGACAUAAUUCUAAGAUUGCUUUUUCAUUAAGGCAGAAAAAUACAUGAUCUUUAUGAGUGAAAAAGCAGGGAAAUGAGAGAAAGGAGAAACAGAAUCCUGUAGCUUGACUCUCUGUAAGCAAGAAGUAGGAGCAAACUAAGGGAAAUACUUGGUCCAUUUAGAUAGCAGUUUACUCACACUCAGUGACCUGCUGGCCUCCACCUCUGCUGAGGGAAGGGGCUUUGCUCCAGUCUCUAUGGCACUGAGGGUUGUUCCGGUCCAUGGAAGAGUCAUUCUAGGAAGCCUCGUGUUCCUAGGGAUACAGGGCCGGUCUUUGAGACAGGAAGCUUCUGGCUGUGAACAGUGGAGGAAGGAGUGAUUUUCUUGUGAAAACUUUGGCUGCUGUCUGCAUGAGCUCUGCUCUGACUUUGCACGUUAGUGUGCCUUUCCCUUUAUGCAGCCUUUUCCAGCUGUACAGCAGAAACUUGCCUAGUUCAGAAAACGUGCCAGAGGGUGGCUUCAGAGGGAAGAUGAUCUUGUGUGAUCAUUCUCUGCAUUUGAACUGUUGAAUAGAGAAAUCCAGCUAGAGGGAUUCUUACCGCCUUACUUGAAAUCUAUGUGUUUGUAACCCCUUAUCUCUGGAAUUACAUUACAAAAAACAAACAAAACAAACAAAAAACCAAAAAACUGGAAUCUCAGGCUGAGAAUAAGAAGACUGAGUAAAAGUGAAGAGAACAGCUUCUCCAUCAUCACUACUAACAGCUCUUUCUCCAAAGGAUUAACAUGUUUUCCCCUUAAGGACUUGAGAAUGAGAACGGACCCCAUGUGUUUUUAGGCAUUACCUUUCUUAGCAGACUGAUGUUAUCUUUUAUAGAGUUUUUUCACUAUGCAUUUGGUGGAUCUUUAUAAGCUAUUGACCUAAUUGGACUCUAGAUCAGUUGUAGCUAAAGGAGAAAAACAAACCAACAGAACCUAACCACAAAAAAUAAGCCAAUAAAAGAACUUGGUUUGAAAUUCCACAGUACUUCUGAAGUGAAAUACUUCACUGAAAAGUAUGUAUGCAGCAGUGGAGCAUGGACCUCUGCUUUGCAGCGAUUCCAACAUCCUCUGCCUGUCCUGGAAAGGGCGUGUCCCCAAGAGUGAGAAGGAGAAGCCUGUGUGCAGAAGGCGCUACUAUGAAGAAGGAUGGUUGGCCACAGGCAAUGGGCGAGGUGUGGUGGGGGUGACCUUCACCUCGAGUCACUGUCGCAGAGAUAGGAGUACGCCACAAAGAAUUAACUUCAACCUACGAGGCCACAACAGUGAGGUUGUGCUGGUGAGGUGGAAUGAACCGUACCAGAAACUGGCCACGUGUGAUGCAGAUGGAGGCAUCUUUGUGUGGAUCCAGUAUGAAGGCAGGUGGUCUGUGGAACUGGUCAAUGACCGUGGCGCUCAGGUGAGUGAUUUCACAUGGAGCCACGAUGGGACUCAAGCUCUUAUUUCAUAUCGCGAUGGGUUUGUCCUGGUUGGUUCUGUCAGUGGACAAAGACACUGGUCAUCUGAAAUCAAUUUGGAGAGCCAGAUCACAUGUGGGAUAUGGACUCCCGAUGACCAGCAGGUAUUGUUUGGCACAGCCGAUGGGCAGGUGAUCGUCAUGGACUGCCAUGGCAGAAUGCUAGCCCAUGUCCUCCUGCAUGAAUCUGAUGGCAUCCUCAGCAUGUCCUGGAAUUACCCCAUCUUCCUGGUGGAGGACAGCAGCGAGAGCGACACAGACUCAGACGAUUAUUCUCCUCCCCAAGAUGGGCCUGCAGCAUACCCCAUCCCUGUGCAGAACAUCAAGCCUCUGCUCACCGUCAGCUUCACCUCGGGAGACAUCAGCUUAAUGAACAACUAUGAUGACUUGUCUCCCACUGUCAUCCGCUCAGGACUGAAAGAGGUGGUGGCCCAGUGGUGUACGCAGGGCGACUUACUGGCAGUGGCUGGGAUGGAGCAGCAGGCCCAGCUCAGCGAGCUGCCCAAUGGGCCUCUGCUGAAGAGUGCCAUGGUCAAGUUCUACAAUGUCAGAGGGGAGCACAUUUUCACUCUGGACACACUCGUGCAGCGCCCCAUCAUCUCCAUCUGUUGGGGCCAUCGGGACUCCCGGCUGCUUAUGGCCUCAGGACCAGCCCUGUAUGUGGUUCGUGUAGAACACCGAGUGUCCAGUCUGCAGCUGCUGUGCCAGCAGGCCAUCGCCAGCACCCUUCGAGAAGACAAGGAUGUUAACAAGCUGACCUUGCCCCCUCGUCUCUGUUCCUACCUCUCCACUGCCUUCAUCCCCACUAUUAAGCCCCCAAUUCCAGACCCCAACAACAUGCGAGACUUUGUCAGCUACCCAUCAGCAGGCAAUGAACGACUACACUGCACCAUGAAGCGUACAGAGGAUGACCCGGAGGUCGGGGGGCCCUGCUACACACUCUACCUGGAGUAUCUGGGAGGACUUGUACCCAUUCUCAAAGGGAGGCGCAUCAGCAAACUGCGGCCAGAAUUUGUCAUCAUGGACCCUCGGACAGACAGCAAAUCAGAUGAGAUCUAUGGGAACAACUUGAUUUCUACUGUGAUUGACAGCUGCAACUGUUCAGACUCCAGUGAUAUUGAACUGAGUGAUGAUUGGGCUGCCAAGAAGUCUCCCAAAAUUUCCAGAGCUAGUAAAUCGCCCAAACUGCCAAGGAUCAGCAUUGAGGCACGAAAGUCACCCAAGCUGCCUCGGGCUGCUCAAGAGAUUUCUCGGUCUCCCCGAUUGCCCAUGCGCAAGCCCUCCAUGGGCUCACCCAGCCUGACCCGGAGAGAGUUUCCUUUUGAAGACAUCACUCAGCACAACUAUCUUGCUCAGGUCACAUCCAAUAUCUGGGGGACCAAGUUUAAGAUUGUGGGCUUGGCUGCAUUCCUACCAACCAACCUCGGUGCAGUAAUCUACAAAACCAGCCUGCUGCAUCUCCAGCCUCGGCAGAUGACCAUUUAUCUCCCAGAAGUUAGGAAGAUUUCCAUGGACUAUAUUAAUCUGCCUGUCUUCAACCCAAACGUUUUCAGUGAGGAUGAAGAUGACUUACCAGUUACGGGAGCAUCAGGCGUCCCUGAAAACAACCCACCUUGUACGGUAAACAUCCCUAUUGCACCAAUCCACAGCUCUGCUCAAGCUCUGUCUCCCACACAGAGCAUAGGGCUGGUGCAGUCCCUGCUGGCCAAUCAGAAUGUGCAGUUGGAUGUCCUGACCAAUCAGACAACAGCUGUAGGGUCCGUAGAGCAUGCAGGUGAUGCUGCUACCCAGUACCCAGUCUCCAGCCGGUACUCCAACCCUGGACAGGUGAUUUUUGGAGGUGUAGAAAUGGGCCGAAUCAUUCAGAACCCUCCUCAACUGCCUUUGCCACCACCGCCACCACCACCACCACAGGGGCCCAUUCAGCUGUCUGCAGUGGACCAUGGAGCUCGGGACCAUGAGCACCUGCAGAAGUCAGCCAAGGCCCUGCGGCCAGUGCCUCAGCUGGCUGAGGGGGAUGCAGUGGUUUUCAGUGCCCCUCAGGAGGUCCAGGUGGCAAAGAUGAAUCCCCCACCCCCAUACCCAGGAACUAUCCCUGCUGCCCCCACCACAGCUGCACCCCCACCCCCUCUGCCACCACCACAGCCCCCAGUGGAUGUGUGUUUGAAGAAGGGUGACUUCUCACUGUACCCUACAGCAGCACAUUACCAGCCUCCACUAGGCUAUGAGAGGAUAACCACCUUUGACAGCAGUGGCAAUGUGGAAGAGGUGUGCCGGCCUCGCACUCGGAUGCUCUGUUCCCAGAACACCUACACUCUUCCUGGCCCAGGCAGUUCUGCCACCUUGAGACUCACAGCCACUGAGAAGAAGGUCCCCCAACCCUGUACCAGUGCCACUCUGAACCGACUAACUGUCCCUCGAUAUUCCAUCCCCACAGGGGACCCACCUCCAUACCCUGAAAUCGCUAGCCAGCUGGCCCAGGGGCGGAAUGCUACUCAAAGGCUGGAUAACAGUCUCAUCCAUGCCACCCUACGAAGGAACAACCGAGAGGUUGCACUUAAGAUGGCCCAGCUGGCUGACAGCUCCCGUGCCCCACUGCAGCCCCCAGCCAAGCCUAAGGGGGGCACUGGUGGGGCAGUGGCACAGCUCCCAGCAAGGCCUCCACCUGCCCUAUACACCUGCAGCCAGUGCAGUGGAGCAGGGCCCAGCUCACAGUCAGGUGCAGCCCUGGCCCAUGCUAUCAGCACCUCCCCGCUGGCCUCCCAGUCCUCCUACAAUCUUCUAAGCCCUCCUGACACCUCCCGUGAUCGUACUGACUAUGUCAACUCAGCCUUCACAGAGGACGAGGCCCUGUCUCAGCACUGUCAGCUUGAGAAACCUCUGCGGCAUCCCCCACUUCCUGAAGCCACUGUCACCAUGAAGCGGCCUCCCCCCUACCAGUGGGACCCCGUGCUGGGUGAGGACGUUUGGGUUCCCCAGGAAAGGACAGCACAGCCUACAGUGCCCAACCCCUUAAAACUGUCCCCUCUCAUGAUAGGGCAGGGCCAGCACCUGGAUGUGGCUCGAGUGCCCUUUGUGUCUCCCAAGUCUCCAUCCAGCCCUACUGCCACCUUCCAGACAGGCUAUGGGAUGGGAGUGCCAUAUCCAGGCAGCUAUAAUACCCCCUCUUUGCCUGGAGUCCAAGCUCCGUGUUCCCCUAAGGAUGCCCUGUCCCCGGCACAGUUUGCACAACAGGAGUCUGCUGUCGUACUUCAGCCAGCAUACCCACCCAGCCUUUCCUAUUGCACCUUGCCCCCCACAUACCCAGGAAGCAGCACAUGCUCCAGUUUACAGCUGCCGCCCAUCGCCUUGCACCCCUGGAAUUCCUACAGCACCUGCCCGCCCAUGCAGAAUACCCAGGGCACUCUCCCCUCCAAGCCCCACUUAGUGGUGGAGAAGCCUCUCGUGUCCCCUCCACCUGCCGAGCUCCAAAGCCACAUGGGCACAGAGGUGAUGGUAGAGACUGCAGACAAUUUCCAAGAAGUCCUCUCUCUGACAGAAAGCCCCGUGCCCCAGAGAACAGAGAAAUUUGGAAAGAAGAACCGGAAGCGCCUUGAUAGCCGAGCAGAGGAAGGGAGUGUUCAGGCCAUCACUGAGGGCAAAGUAAGAAAGGAUGCUAGGACUUUGAGCGACUUUAACUCGCUCAUCGCCAGUCCCCGCCUGGGGAGAGAGAAGAAGAAAGUGAAAAGUCAGAAAGACCAACUGAAGUCAAAGAAGUUGAACAAGACAAACGAGUUCCAGGACAGCUCAGAGAGUGAGCCCGAGCUGUUCAUCAGCGGGGAUGAGCUGAUGAACCAGAGCCAGGGCAGCAAGAAGGGGUGGAAAAGCAAGAGGAGCCUGCGGACGGCCAGCGAGCUGGAGGAAUUCAAGGGCCGCAAAGCCAGUGAGAAGGAAGACGGGCGACUGGGCAGCCAGGGCUUCGUGUAUGUGAUGGCCAACAAGCAGCCUCUGUGGAAUGAAGCCACCCAGGUGUACCAGCUAGACUUUGGAGGGAGGGUGACCCAGGAGUCUGCCAAGAACUUCCAGAUCGAGUUGGAGGGACGGCAGGUGAUGCAGUUUGGACGGAUCGAUGGUAAUGCUUACAUCCUAGACUUCCAGUACCCCUUCUCAGCUGUGCAGGCUUUUGCUGUUGCCCUGGCCAAUGUGACUCAGCGCCUAAAAUGAGCAGAGGUCCAGGAGGAGGCAUGGCAGGGGCCUUUGGACACAGUGCUUGUGCUGCUACUGCCCGAGACGACCAGCGACAACGGCGGUAGAGGAGGCCAGCAGGCCUGGGGCGGUGCUGACCUGUAGGCAUGGUUGUCUGAUCAGUUAGCCUUUAAUGUCUCUCCUCUUUUGAUAGAGUGCUGUUUGGAAGCCAAGAUUUGAGGUAUCUUGUGUUCUUGGAGGCAGUGGAGCUUGGCUACAGAAUGUUGUACUGAAUUUACUUCUCAUGACUAGAAUUAAGGGCCUUUGCAAAGAAAACAGAGUGCUUGACCUUGCUCUUCUUCUAGACAUAGGGAGUGUUAGUGUUCAUUACUCAUGUUAUCUGACCUCUGUUACCCCUUCCAACAUUACCACUCACAAAACACACACACACACACACACACACACACACACACACACACACACACACACAAAAUUUUUUUUUAAACACAACCAGAUCUCUGGAAGAUUCAGCUUGUAUUGGGUUGGGGAGAACAGCAUUUCAUUCACAGAUGUCCGCUGCUUACAAAGGUACCUGGAUGAAUGAAGGACACAUGCAAAUGCCUUGUGCUUGGCUCAUGUAAGCACCGUAGAUGGGUGCUGUCGCCAGUGUGAAUGUGAUUUGAUAGGCAGUGGGUUACCAUGGAGACAGGCUCACAUGCAGACAACUGGAUGAGCUGGUGGUUGGCUUAUGUAUGCGAGGGUUAUUUCCCAAGGAUACUAGUUGGAAAGCACCCUGGUUUCUUGUGUCAAAAUUAAUCCUGUCUGACUUUGGAAGAAGGUAAGAAACUUCAGUAAGUGGGCAAACUCAGGCUGGAUAGAACUAGGCUUAUGUCAUUGUCCUUAGACUGGCUGGUCACCAGAUACCUCCCUCCACUUGUCAAGAAGCAGCCUUCAUUCUCCUUACUCCCUUGUUUUAAUCUGGAACAUUUUACUGUAGACAUCUUUCUCUUUAGAUCCUAUUGCUCUUUCUUUUCUAAAAUGUGGGUGAGACUUGAUUUGCAUCUACACCUUUCCUUCCCUUGUCCACAUUAAAAUUCAUUUGAUUUGAAUGUUUUCCAUAAAUUAUAAGUGUAAUAAAAAUAUGUAUGCACUUCCCAGGAUAUUAAAAGAGGGUUGUGGUCAAAUCUCUGGGGGAAACUCCCACAAUAUGCUGUAAGUGUGGAGGCCGUACUAAAAGAUGACCCACAGGAAAGCCUUGCUAAGACUGUCUGUGCUCUCCACAAUAUGCUGUAAGUGUGGAGGCCGUACUAAAAGAUGACCCACAGGAAAGCCUUGCUAAGACUGUCUGUGCUCUCCACAAUAUGCUGUAAGUGUGGAGGCCGUACUAAAAGAUGACCCACAGGAAAGCCUUGCUAAGACUGUCUGUGCUCUCCACAAUAUGCUGUAAGUGUGGAGGCCGUACUAAAAGAUGACGCACAGGAAAGCCUUGCUAAGACUGUCUGUGCUCUGUUCAUUCUGCCUGUAGCAUCUUUGCGAAAUUUCUUCCUGUGUGAACACACCCCGGCAAAUACCCAGACCUUGUAGUAAGACCCAGUUCUUGCUGUUGCUGCUACCUGUGAUGCUUAUUCCCAGAGCACAAAAGCUUUGACUUUUGAGUUGGGCUUUAUUUGAAAGCUGACCAGUGGGAGAUGCUACAGGAAAUUCUUUUUGACUUAAACAUUGUUUUGGUUUCCUCCUCUUCCUCUUCCUCCUCUUCCCCCUCUUCCUCCUCCCCCUCUUCCUCUUUUUCUUUCUUGUGCUUGAUUUAAGAAUUAAAAAAUAAACUGGUUUCUUUAGCUGAGCAAAAUAAAAUUACUCAUCUUUUUUUUUUUAAUUACAAAGAAAUACUGACAAGAACAUCUCCCAGUUGAUAUUGGAGUUUUCCAUUUUAUAAUUUAAAAUAUGGGAGCUGAUUCCUAGGUGGGUCAGUUGUCCAAGAAAGAGUUGAGCAGUAUAUCCAGAGUUACUGUGUUUACGUAAGUUCCUGUCGCUUGGUAAGGUGUCUCAGUGCUUUUCAUUAGUUGUGCAAUACUGUUGUAGCCUCUGUUUAUGGAAUAAUUUAAAUGCAAUUUUCUUUGUUCUGUUGUCUAAGAGAUAGUUAUUUAUCUUGCUCUUUAUAGUAUUCUUGGGAACUAUUUUGUUACUAUGUAUUAGUGAUUUAUGCCCCUUUAUUAUUUAUUUAGAAGAAUAGUACCUUUGUAAUGAGUUAUUUGGUGGCAAUAUAUUUUGCUGCAAAGAAUAAAGAGAAUAUGACAGAAUUUUUUUUUUUGGCUUGGGUGCUUUAUAACUUUCUUGAAAGUUGGGAUAAAAUCUUAUUAAUUCCUUAAAAAAAUAAACUUACUCUUUAUCUCAGUAUUGAUUGUAUGCAAAAUAAGCUCUGUCUUUGAGAUAGCAUACCAUAAGAUAGUACUUCUUAUUUGAAAAUGUUAGUUUUAAAUGAAAUGUGAUAGGACACAAGGAAGGAUGAGAGGUCUGAGAUAAGAGUCUCCAAAGAGGUCCUUAGUAAAUAAUCUUUAGGUUUGAGGUUUGGUUUGGUUUUUUAGUUAAAAUUGGCCUUUUCAAAAAUGCAAAAUUUAUACUUACAACUUUGCUAAAUAUGAACAAAUAUGGAAGAAAUCCCUAAAAGAUACUUUCUGUCCAGGGAGAUGCGGGCUUCUGUCUGGUCUUGAGCAGUGCUUGACCUGUGAGCUGCAGGAGUACCUGCCCCUCACUAAACUCCUCUCCCAGACAGAAGAGUGAGUCUCAGGUCCCAGGUGGACAGUAGGCUGCUGCCUGCAGCAGCUGUGACAUAGUAUCAUUUAAGGUAAUGGCUUCUUCCAGUCAACAUCACUUGAUUAAAUUCUCCUCAAAUUAAGUAACUGAAUUCUAGGUAUUUCAUGGUUAUUAGCAAUUUGUGAAUGUCACAAUGUCUCAUUGGAUCCAUAAAUUGGAAACAGUCAACUACAUAGAGGCCUAUAGGAAGAGUAUAUUAACCAACAUGAAAGCUAGUGUUAGAUUUAUUUGGCUCUAGUGUCAUCAAAACAAAAGUUGUGGGUGAAUAUACACUGCCCAUUUGAAUGUAUAGCUUGAGAAAAACAGGGACCACCACAUCUAGAAAUACUCAGCUCUCAUGGGCAUACAAAGAAAAGCUUUUGCAUGUUGGUGCUUUUCAUGUAAUGUUCAUUCUGUAAUCAAAGGCCAGGGGCUCAAAAUCAAGGUCGAAUUGUUCUGUCACAGGGAUAGAGUGGCUUUGGGCAAGCCCCUGGGGUGUCUGGCCUCCUCAUGUCCAUCUCUUAAAUGAAAAGGCAUGCCUCACAAGCUCAAACACUACAUUCUAACUCCUGUAGUCUGAGAGGUCAAAAUUUAGCAGCUCAUCUUCCCCUUGCCAGGGUGAAAGUAUGUUUCAAAACCUGCUACCUAUGUAGAAAACAUUUUCAUGAGCCUGUAAGCUAUCUACUGUCUCCUGAACAGAAACCAGCAGGUUUACCCCUAAGUUUGUUUAGAAUAAUGUUUAUUAUACUAAAAAUUAUAGAAGCAUCAAAUGCAAGUACAGUGGAAGUCCCCUCUGAGUGUGUUGUACUCGGUGAGCAUUCUCAAGAAAAAUAAAGCACUACCUGGAUGUAAAACUGGGGGUGGGUUCAGAAAGAAGAGUGCUGGCAAAGGCUCGCCUCUUUUGGUGUGCUCAUGUGUGACAAUGCUACACCAAAGGGAGCCUGUGCUGUCCUGUGGGCUGUGGACAGGUUGACAGCACUAGCUGGUUUGAACUGUCAUUUGAGUUCCUGGGAGUUUAUGAUAGCGUACAGUUCAGAAGUCUACACCACUGUGUAUCUCCUUAUCUCUGGCUGAUAAACUCUUGAGGAUUGUGACUUACUUUGUUUCCAUUUUCUUCAGCUUUGUGCAGUUCUCUUGUACUUUAACUGUAUCUAUAUUUUCUGUUUACAAGUUAAUUUUAAGGGGAAGGGUAGGAUUUUAAGAUCUUGGUUAUUGUAGAUAAUUUUUUUCUCGUGUUGUAGAAAAGCAUGGGUUAUACAUUUGAGUGAAAAGGCACUGUAUUAUUUACCAAAGGUGUAUUGUUUGCAUUUGUUUAUAAAUGCAUUAUUUUAGUACUGUAAAUUUGGGCAUAACUUCUGAGUUUACUACUAUUGCUUCAGCUGGCAUCUGUCUUUCUCCUUCUCCGUCAUCCCCAUAAAUGUGCAAUGUGGGGUGCAUAGGUCACAGACCAAACAAGACCACCAGCAUGUAAUUGUCCACACUUUGGGAACAGCGUGCACUGUUUCGUACACAUCAGUCCCUCCAGUGUUGGUUUUUUAAUUUUUUUUAUUUUGUUUAUAAAUUCAGCAUUUUGCUUUAACCUUCCGGAAAGAUCUGUUGAGAGUCCCCAUUGCAUCUCAAUGAGCUCUCUCUUAUUUGCCUAUCUUUGUAUGUAUUUUGUAUACUAGAUUGUGCAGGACGUAUUCUAGAAGGGAUCAAUGGUUUGCAUUCAAAAUGAUGUAGUUUGUCCAAAAUAUUUUGCCUUUAAAAUUGAAAUGGGUUAAUCUCAUUUUUUUCUUGAUGAUUUGAAAUUGUAAGAUUUGUCCAGCUAUUGCUUAAUAAAAUUUUGCGGAUCAAAAAAGAUCAA